ACGCGUUCCGCCAUUUCCGCCACCGAAAGGAAAAGUCGACAGACGACGGAAAAGGCUUCGACUCGGUCGGCGGCCGAUGGAGCGCGAGUUGUUUUGAAGCCGCUUCGAGAGCGUCCGCGGAGGUCGACGACCCGAGCCGAGCUUUCCUCGCCCUUCGCCCGAGCGUUCCCUCGUCGAGCCGAUGGCUUCGCUGGGGAACUCGGCGGCCGCGUCGUCGAGCGGCGGCAGCAGCCCCAUGGUGGUGCUGGCGCCCAAGACCAAGACGAAAAAGAAGCACUUCGUCCAGCAGAAGGUCAAAGUGUUUCGGGCCAGCGACCCCGUCCUCAGCGUCUUCAUGUGGGGCGUCAAUCACUCGAUUAACGAUCUGAACCAGGUUCCCGUGCCCGUCAUGUUGCUGCCCGAUGACUUCAAGGCCAACACCAAGAUCAAAGUGACCAACCACCUCUUCAACAAAGAAAAUCUUCCCGGCCAUUUUAAAUUCAAGGAGUACUGUCCUCAAGUCUUUCGAAAUCUAAGGGAGCGCUUCGGUAUUGAAGAUCUGGACUAUCAGGUGUCUUUGACCCGCAGCCCCCCGACGAGGAGCGUCAACGACCAAGGGGAGGGGCUGCUCCUCAACUCCUACGACCGCACGCUCAUCGUCAAGCAAAUCUCCGGCGAGGACGUGGCCGACAUGCACAACAUCCUCUCCGAGUAUCACCAGCACAUCGUCAAGUGUCACGGGAGCACCCUGCUGCCUCAGUUCCUGGGAAUGUACCGGGUGAGCGUGGACAGCGAGGAGACCUACCUGAUCGUCAUGAGGAACAUGUUCAGCCACCGCAUCGUGGUGCACAGGAAGUACGACCUCAAGGGUUCUCUGGUGGAUCGGGAAGCAAGCGACAAAGAACGAGGUAAGGAGCUUCCCACCUUCAAAGACGUGGACUUCAGGAACAACAUGCAGAAGGUCUACGUCACCGAGGAGCAGAAGGAGAAGUUCAUGGAGAAACUCAAUCGAGAUGUGGAGUUCCUGGUGAAGCUGAAGAUCAUGGACUACAGCCUGCUGCUCGGCAUCCACGACGUGGGCCGCGCCGAGAGGGAGGAAGAGGAAGGCGAAGAGGUUUCCAACGAGGAAGACGCGGAGGCGGAGAACGGCCUGGCCGCCGCCGGAUCCUACGGCACGUCUCCGGAGGGCAUCGCCGGUUACAUGUCGUACUGCAAACCUCUCGGACCCGGCGAGUUUGACCCCUACGUGGACGUCUACGCCGUGGGCAGCUGCGCCGGCGCCCCCCAGAGGGAGGUCUACUUCAUGGGCCUGAUUGACGUCCUGACUCAAUACGACACCAAGAAGAAAGCGGCUCACGCGGCCAAGACCGUCAAGCACGGGGCGGGCGCCGAAAUCUCCACCGUACACCCCGAGCAGUACGCCAAACGAUUCCGGGACUUCAUCGCCAACAUUUUUGCCUAAACUUAAAUGCCUUAGCAUUGACCAAAGCCGGCGUGCGCGGGCCGUCGUUUGAAUGUGUUGACAUGGAGAAAAAAGGCUUCUUGCGUUGUGUUUGGCGGCCUUCAUAUCGCUUUAUUUAUGUAGAAGAUUCGCUCUCGCUCUUCCGCCGAUGGGAAGAAAGGUCCCGCCGGUUUCUUCCUCGUACAUUAAAAGACGAGUUGAUGUUUGAAAAAAGAAGGGCCUCUCCGACGGCGGCCCUCGCGCUCAUUUCCCUUUGGCGGCGCACGGAGGCCGCUUUUGCGCACCGUCGUCGCGCUUCGACCGGCGUUGGAGGCCAUGGCUUCCCGGCCAGUCAUCGAAACGCCCGCUCGAAGCGGGCCGCCGUCCCUCACCUUGGGCUGAGAAGAGGAAGGCCGUUUUUUUUUUUUUUUUUUGAAGCACAAGAAUACGAAUGACGUCAUCAAUGACUUUGUUUGGCACGCCGACGUCGGAGCUUCGCAUUUGUCUUUCGGAAUCAAACCAUUUAGGAGCAGUUUUGGGGGCCGCGUGGCCCACUUGAAAGUCGCGCUCAUAUUCUGAUGUGAAUCUCAGAGGGGGCGGGGGGUGGGGGGGGUCUCAUUCCCGAAUGGAGAGCGAUGUGAGCAAUGCCCCAAAGGUGUGCCACGUCCACAGUCACGCAUGCAGAAUUUGCACUUGACUGCGACAAAAAUGCAAGAAAUGAAUUUGUUGCUCAAAAGGACAACGCCACUCGUUCAUCAAAGAAUAUUGGACGUCGCUAUUGAAUAGAUGCCAUUUCAAUUCAAAGCAUCUUGUCGUGGUCCUUUCUUGCUGCUGGUGUGAUGCGUUGGAGUUUCCCCGUGAGCCGUCGGCACGCUAUGUUCAAUUCCGCAGUUGAGCGGCUUCACCGAAUGCGACGUUCCAAAAACCCGGCGUGGAAGUGGACACGAGUCGCUCUCCUUUGUGUCAGGCCUCAUCCGUUGCACGCCUUGUAUUUUUGCAAAUGGCCAUUUUGACCAAAAUAUAUUUUACACACGCAAACAAAAAA